UAAGAAGUGGUAUGAGUAGAGAUGAGGUGGUGUUUCCCGAUAAAAAACAGGGUCUUUAUCACUGUUACUAUUCUUCCCAGAUAUUGUUGGGAUUUGUUAAGGUACUAUUGCUAAGGGCAUAUGGUUAUAAAUCUUGCCAAUGUAAAUUUCAGGAGUACCCAGUGGAAUUUACAGCGCCGAAGAAAAUUAUGUCUUUUCGGUUUUUCACAUUUUUAUGUAUAUAUGAAAGUUAAUACAUAGAGCACAGGCAUAAGUGUAUCGAUUUACCGGUUAUAACAUAAACGCGAAGUGAAGGAAAAGAUAGAGUAACAGCAACAUGUCAUUGGACAGUGAGCGAGAUGAUCAGAAGAAAAGUGAGGAGCAGAAGGGAAUGAUCUUGGAAGAGCUUCCGGAAAAUCUGAUUAGAUUUGCAUCGCUGAUGGUGAAGACAUUUUAUGGCAAAGAGCAUUACAUUGUUUUGGAUUAUGUGCGAAGAAAUAAGUGUAUCAAAGAAGAUGAUCUCAGACACUUGAUCAAGUUUGACCAGCGUUUUCUGCGAACAGUUCUAAUGCAGUUGAAAGUUGACAAAAUUCUAAAGGAACGUUUGGUAUCAGAAGAAACGGAUGGACGGGCGCGUAAAGUCAAUUAUUAUUUUAUUAAUUACAAAGCAUUGUUAAAUGUGGCAAAAUAUAAAAUCGACCAUAUGAGACAACGUCUGGAAGUAAAAGAUAAGGACGAAGUACAUAAAGCUUCAUACCGCUGUACCGGUUGUCAGUAUCAGUAUGACGCUAUGGAAAUGGAUAAAAUUUUUGAUCCGCUUACGCAAGAGCUUUGUUGCUGGCGAUGUCAGCAAACCGUUGAACCGGAUGAAACUGCUGCGCGUUUCAAUGAGCAGAUGACUCCAUUCUUUUCAAUGUUGCAAAGCUUAUACGGUAUACGUCUUGCCAGGCAUCUUAUCGAACCAUCAAUUAAAGUUGCGGAUAAUAUUUUUAUAGAACCGGAUGGAAAACGAGUAAUAGCAGUUGGUGAACGACCAUUCGGCGAACAAACAUCUGCUUCGCGAUUAAUGUACCAGAACAGUAUCAUGGUGAGCAUAGUAGAAGAAGGUGUGACUCCGAAUGUUGAGCCAAAAAAGCUUGUACCCUGGCUUCACAGUAAUCAGAAAGAUGAAGAAGCAACAAGUUCUUUCACAGUCUGUUCCGACAAUCCUGCCGAUUCGAAUGGAAUCAUAGGUCCCGAAAAGAGCAAAAAUGAUAUCGACAGCUUACUGGUCACUGAAUUCGAAGAGGCAAAGCCGGGAACAUCUCUUGCAGAAAGUAUUCAAGAAACUGCAUAUGAGCCGGUUAAUAUGGAAAGUGACGAUGACGAAGUUAUCUUUGUCGCCGGAAAGAAAUAUUAUCUAGAUGAAGUUACACCCGAAUUGGUGUCUCAGAUGAAUACUUCCGAAAAAGAAAUUUAUAUACAAAGGACACAAGAAAAUUUCGAUUAUUGA